CAUUGUAUUUUUCAUAAUCACUAAUUUCUUAUGUUUCUCUAUUGUGCAACAGUAAUGUUCCUCAUUUUCAUUCUUUCAGCUAAGAUCCCAGGACAGAUGUCAAAUUAGAUUUCUUCCGAAGAGCAGAUCCUGUGGAAGACUUGAGAUGUCAGUGACGGCGGUGGCUCUGCUUGGCGUCCUGAUACUGCUGGCGGUGCAGACAGCCGCUGAGACCUGCGAUGCCUACAGGGGGUAUCCUGGAGUUCCUGGUAUUCCAGGGCCUCAUGGACCAGAUGGGAAAGAUGGUCUGAAGGGAGAGAAGGGAGACAAUGGAGACAAUAGCGGGAUUCUGAAAGGUCAGAAAGGAGAACCCGGCCCGAUGGGACCUCCGGGAAGGACAGGCCUGCCGGGGUCACCUGGCCUGCCGGGCCCAACGGGUCAGCCGGGCGCCAAGGGAGAGAAAGGAAUGCCCACUGGCAUCGCAUCGCUGGAGAGGUCGGCCUUCUCCUACAAAAAGACAUCAUCCAGGCCGUCCAGGAAGGAACAUGGGGCAAUCAGAUUUGACAAGGCUAUUAAUGCAGGCAACACUCUGACAAAUGGAGUUUUCACUAGCAAGGUCAAAGGUUUCUACUACUUCACGUACCAUGUGACCAGCCGCACCAAAGCCUGCCUUGAAAUAAAGAAAAACAGUGUAUCUCUGGUAAGUUUCUGUGACUCAUUACAGAAGGGAUACUUUGUGAUGUCAGGGUCAGUGGUGGAAUUAUUAGACGUUAAUGAUGUAAUCUCAUUACAGCCCACCGAGGACAGUACUAUCAUGGGCACACAAGGUGCGGACAGUAUUUUCUCAGGCUUUCUGCUGUUCCAAACCCCUUAGAACAGUGUGUCUAUACUGCUAGAUUUAUUUUUUUAGCAGUUAAUGGUUUUAUGUUUUUCUCACUCAUUUUCAUUUCAAUUUAAUAAAAUGUACGCAAGAAACACCAGUCUGAUUGGUACAACUGAGGUCACAAUUCAACCCAUUCAUCUCUUCACAAAAUAAAUAUGUUUAUGAUAUGUUUAAAUGACCCCUGUUUGUGUGUUUGGACUGAGGGUAAAAACAUUAGCUGUCGACUGCUCUGAAUGCCAUGCUUUAUUAAGUUUAUAUGAAAGCUUGCAGAAUAAAACGAAUAAAAGAAA